UUUAAGCCCACCCCUCACGGCGUUUGCUCGCGAAUUCGUACCAGCGUGGUGGAAAUUGUAUCGGCUCCGAUUUCCAUGCCUACUUUGGCCUACGGUGCUGGCAUGGAGCUGUACGGAAAAUAGCUUUGCGGUGGCCUGGAUCGCUGGUGUUCGAGUUACCGAUUCUUUCUCCCCCAUAGCUGCACCACACAAAGGCAGCUGCUGCACGCAUUCGUGAACAAGGAGAGCGCGUUUUUGUCGGAGCCACGACGGUAUCGGUACGGGUACGGUGCCAGUCCGAAAAUCGCUAGUAACCUGUGAUGGCCAGUAGACUAGAAUCCAAGCACCGUGUAUCGAUUAAAUUCUCACUCUUUUCGGUACGGUAAGUGGGUGUUUUUCGUCACGUCAGGCUCGCAAUGAAAAUUUCUUGCAUACACACAAACAAAUGCUGGCGCAUGCUGUCGGGUUCCACCGUUCCAUCGCGAUAGCAUCGCUGUUUGUCGUUGGAAUUGUUCCGUGUGUCUCAGCCGUGGUAGUCGUGCGUGCAGUCAUAUAUGCACGAUAGGCUGCCAAUCCUGUCCAAUUUGUGAUUAUCGCAAACAGUAGGCGAAUUUCUACCCCACCAGGCGGGAGAAAAGGUUAACUGCGAGCUAGUGUGACCGAGCGAGUUGGUGCUUGGAGCGUGAGUUUUCCAUCGCCGGAAAAGCCCGCAUGGAGCAUCGGUGUGUUGGUGUGCAAAGUGUUCACUGUGUGCGGCUACUCGUCGUCAAGUGCCCGAAAAACAACAAAACUUCCAGCGCAAUGAUCCCUGGCGGCUUGUGAUUUGUGAGAGAAAAUCAUACUUAUGUGCACAUCCGCUUUGCUCGGUCGAAUCGAGAUUGUGUUGAGGGUUUGAAAAAAUUGCCUGUUUGCUUACGUAUCUUGGGUUUGUGGGAAUGAAUGAAAAGAAAGAGUGCUGAAGCAGUUGUAAGCGGGUAAAACGGUGAAUCAAAAGUGAAACUCGAAUUUUUAAUUGGUACACAACAAAUAAGCAGCCAAGCCGCCGAGAUAUGCUACACUUUCCUUCCCUGCCGUAAUCGUAUCCGCCCUCGUUGCCCUCUCAACGUCAUCAUCAGGUGUGGUGAACCAAGCGAAAGGCUCGUGAUAAAUGGUGUGAGAAAUACCGCCUGCAUAGUGCAUUGUGAUAGUUUUGCUGCUGCUGCUGCUGCUGCUGUUCGUUCGUUCACUGCUUCAGCGGUUCAGUGUAGUGGAGCAGUAGUAACACGCCACAACCCCAACAACAACACAUCGAAACGUGGCCGUAAUCAGUCACAACCAUUGGGCUGUAUCGCACGAUUUCGAAAUCUCACACACACCUGCGGCCACUCCUGUGAGUUUGAUGCACUGUGCUGUGUGCCCCUUGCUCGUGUUCAGCCCAUUAUCGCUGAAUCGAUUCAGCGUUGCAAACGGCGCAACCACAACACUACCUUCUAGAUAACUUCUAAACACAUCGCCAAACACACCGACAACCCUACAGACGGGUCAGAAAUCAGCUUCAUUCCGACAGAGCAAACGAUCGCCUAAAAAAAUGGAUCGAUUGCGCAAAUCAUUCCGAGAUUCAUUCCGUAGACGCAAGGACCGUGUUCCAGAGGCGGCAAAGCCCCACCAAUGGCAAUCGGACGAGCAGGCAGUCCGUUCGGCUACAUGCACUUUCUCGGUGAAGUACUUGGGAUGCGUAGAAGUAUUCGAAUCUCGUGGGAUGCAGGUGUGCGAGGAAGCGUUGAAGGUGCUACGGAACUCGAGGAGACGUGCAAUACGAGCUCAGCUGCAUGUGAGCGGCGAUGGACUUCGCGUGGUCGAGGAUGAUACUAAGGGGUUGAUCGUAGAUCAAACUAUCGAAAAGGUUUCGUUCUGUGCGCCGGAUCGUAAUCACGAACGAGGCUUUAGUUACAUCUGUCGGGAUGGCACAACGCGUCGCUGGAUGUGCCACGGUUUCCUGGCCAGUAAGGACUCCGGUGAGCGACUAUCUCAUGCGGUCGGCUGUGCGUUCGCAGUAUGCUUGGAGCGCAAGCAGCGCCGUGAUAAGGAGUGCGGUGUCACGAUGACAUUUGAUAUGAAAAAUUCCACCUUUACGCGUACCGGCUCCUUCAGGCAGCAGACAAUGACGGAAAGACUGGCUGGUGGGACCGAUACAGCGGUUGUUGCCCCGCAACAGAACAACAACGCGCCGAAACCGUACAAUCCGUUCGCGAUUGAGCGACCACACGCGACACCCUCGAUGCUGGAACGUCAGGGAAGCUUCCGUGGAUUCACGCAGAUUGGGUCGGCCUCCCCGUUCAAACGUCAAAUGUCACUGCGAAUAAACGAUCUUCCGUCCAAUGCUGAACGACAGCGAGCUUUUCUCGAACCAGGCACUCCCCAGCGGACGACCGUUUCGCCCAUUCCGGAGGUAUCUCCGCAGCCCACGGACACCGUUAGUCAGCUGUGCCAGGAACUGAGCCAGGGAUUGUCGCUGCUUACCAAAAACGAUACGGAUGAUUUUUAUCUGAACAAAGAGCUGCAUCUUAAAUCAUCGGUCACAACCGCCACUACAAACAUCACUUCUAGCACAAUGGCAACUUCCUCAUCGGUGACUAUGAAUAGUUACGUUCCUGGGCUACUGGCUCGCAACGGUCCGAGCGAUAUCGGUCAGCCGGCAUUACCGAACUUGCCGACGCUAUCAGUCGUGCCAACAAUCCCACCACGAUCUAUUUCGCCGCUCAACAAGCAGCAAACGCUGGAUCUAUCCGCCCUUGGUAGUCACAGUGGCAGUAGUGCAAGUAAUAAUACGACUCACAGCCUUGGCAGUACCGGUGGUAACAGCAGUAACAGCAAUAGUACCGCAACCAUUAAUCCCGUUAGCGGUGGUUUCCCAGCAGUGGCAGAAACGAUAGCGGUCGCUUCUACCACCACAUCCUCCUCGUCCAGUGGAGUCGUUCCAAUCGAAACGGCAUCGCCUUUGCCUAAUCCAGAACAAUGGUUGGGACAGAUUGUAAAGAACGUAUCCCCUUCUCCACGGCGUGCCCCUUCACUGCACAACCGCGCAAAGUCACUGAACGCUGCCGAUCCGUUUGACGCUGAAUGGGUAGCGGAUGUAGCGAAGCCGGAAAUACAUAGCACGAACCCUUUCAUUUCGCCCCCAAAACCUCCGGCCCAGACGUUUCAAGUGCAUCUGUAAAGUGCAGUGUCAUCGCUGGAUCGCUUGCUCCGUCACUACUGCCUACCUAUUGCCUUUUCUGGGCCGAAGGACAGAGCAAGCAUCGUAACAGUGGAAACGCAUUCCGUGCGCUUCCGCCUUUCCUUGGUGCUUUCGGGGUGUUUAUUAUGUUUUGGGGUAAUCGUUGAAUGGUAGCUAAGUGUAUCUGAAUUAUUUGAUUGUUAUCGCACCACAUCGAUGGAAAGCUUGCCGAACCCGGGAACCAAGGGACGAGCGACUUGUCCUCGAAAACGUUGCGAUUUAUUGUUUAAGCCAGACACGUUACACUCUGGGACUAUAUCUACUUACGUGCGACCAGCUACGGUGCUGUAACAGUACUUAAGCGUAGUUUUGAACGAAACAUUCUCAUGAGCAGCAUUUUAUUAUAUGAUUAUUUUUUUUUCUUACUUUAUCCAACGAACGGGCGAUUAAGUGAACUUAUUCUACAAUUUGUUUUCUUACCUAAAGUUGACACUGGUAGAAAUGCUUACGUUUAAAAUCCAGUUUCAUUCCGAUACAAUAGAAAACUAUCUGAUUUGAGAUUUACAAAAAGAAGCGUCCUAAUCAAUAUUCUCAUGUACUCCAUCGUUAUUGCGGUAUUACUUUAUCCUAAACUUGUACGACACAGUUCUGUCUACAGAACAGCAUAUCCAAGAGAAUGUUGCUAGUAUUUGUAACGAAGGGAGUAGCUUCAUUCGAGCGGUAGGCAAACCUAUACUUAAACUAGCCCAAUCUAUCUGCUAGCAAACGCAAUAUUGCUAUUAACAACCUAAGCAGCUUAACCUACUAUUAACCCGAACAAAUGGAAAAUAAAAUGAUCAGCGAUAUGGCUUAUAAAGCUUUACCUGUAGUGUAUCUAUCCGCUGGCUGUGCUAGGCUCCCCGUACCGGAAAAAAGCACGCCGAAAUAGCUAUGGAAGUAUUGCUUUGAAAUGGUUGCGUAGCAGAAGCGGAAACACGGAACGGGAGUCGCACACGAUUAGAGGUACCAAGCAGUCAGUUGCAAGUAAUCACAAAUAAAAAGUGUAGUUUAAAAGCUGCAACUGUAGUGAAUAGUAUAAAUUAGCAGUACUGCACAAAUGUAGUUGCGAAUGGCCCUGUAUGGAGCAGCAAUGCAAAUGAUCCAAAUUCCCGCGAGAUAACAGGCCGAUCUAAUGUACUUAAUUAAAAAAAAACGAUAAACGUCUAACAAUACCAGCCUAUCAAUCGUUAGCAAUUGCAAGCGAUACUGAAAUUUGCUGUUGUUUGGUUUUGCUGAAAUGAAACUAACCGGCAAGAUGGUCGUAUCCAAAUAAGAAAUCUGGCAAACAAACCUGUUCAACUUCUGGCAGUCGUGUCUAAAACGUGGAAAAUUGAAAAGAAAAUAUAGCAAACGUAUUGUGAUUACUAAUAUAUACAACUAUUAGCAUAAAAUUAUGGUAAUGAAAUAAGAAGGAGCAAAGUAAAGGAAACAUUGAAAACAAA